AUGGCCAUAAACCUAGCCAAAUUUCUCAUACUGUUUUUCACUAUUUCGAUCUGCAACGCCGUCACGAAUCCAAGUCCGAUUUCCGAUUCUCACCGUUCCGCUGCUUUACAACUCUUCGAUGGUUCCUCUUCAAGGUCGAUGGUUCCUCUUCCAGGAAGUGCCAAGGACUUCUUCAAUCAAAUUGAAUCAUUAGCUCUUCUGGAGAGCAAAAGGGUUCCCGUUCCAUUAGUGCUGUCACUUCCUGCAACAGUUUAUUCAUUGUCCAAAAAAGAUCAGCUCAAGGUUACAGUGAAUACAGUACUUGGUUCAGCCGCACCACCUCUUACAGUUAAGCUUGUCAGAGCUUUCCACGCUGAUGCUAAACAUUCUGCUGUUAUCGAGGGCAAGGAACUCCAGUACGAUCAAAGUAGUGGACUUCAUGUCAUGGGCUUCCCAGAUAAUGUGGAUGUGGGAACAUAUGUGUUUGUUUUUGAGACAACGCUUCAUGAUUCAGGUAGUGAAAAUGAUUAUGCUAUUGGAGGCCAAAUUCACGUGCCGAUAUAUGUCACUGGCAUUGUUAAAGUUAGCAACGCAGAAAUUGCAGUUCUUGGCAGUGAUCUUGGAAGUGAUGAAACCCAGAAAACGCUAGAUUUGGCUGGAACUGAUGUUGUUUCACUCUCAGCUAACCAUCUUCAAAAGUUGCGUUUUUCUUUUCAGUUGAUAAUGCCCCAUGGCCAUACCUUUAAGCCUCGCCAGGCAUUGCUUAAGUUGAAGCAUGAGACAAAGUAUGAACACAUCUUUGUGGUCAGAAAUACCGGCAAGAAGUUCGAGAUUAUUCUCGAUUUUCUUGGCUUGGUGGACAAAUUUUAUUAUCUCUCGGGCAGAUAUGAUUUUGAGUUGACUGUUGGUGAUGCUGUCAUGGAGAACUCUUUCUUGCGGCCACUUGGUCAUUUGGAAUUAGAUCUUCCAGAAGCACCUGAGAAAGCAGCGCAUCUUCCCCCACUACCUUCCAGAAGCUCUUUUGAGAAUUGCUGUGAAGAACGUCAUGUUUUGUUUCAGCUUUCAGUCUCACAAUCUGAGAGCAACAAUCACUCUAGACCAGCAAGAAGCAGUUCAGUGACUCGUCCUUCGAUCUCCACUUCACAGUCUCAGUACAACAACAACUAUUCUUCAAACAGAUCCUCCUCCAAAAAUAUCCUCAACACAAGCUCAGCCUCAGUUUCAUCUUACAUUAGACCAUCUUCCCCGAUACCCCGUUCGACAUCUUCGACAAGGCCUUCAACUCCUACUUCGCGCACAACACCAUCAAGGGCGUCAACACCUUCCAGAAUACGUACAGUUUCGACAAGCUCUACUGCUGAAAAGCCUAGACCAAUAUCACAAAGCUCGAGGCCUUCCACUCCUAGUUCUAGGCCUCAGGUUCCUGCAAACUUACAUUCCCCAUCUGCACCAUCGACUCGAUCGUUAUCUCGUCCUUCUACUCCCACACGUAGGAGUUCAAUACCAUCUCUUUCUCCUUCCUCUGCAACAAGUUCUUCAACUUCAGCUGGACGUGUUCCAUUGAACGGGCGUAGUUCAGCACCAUCCUCACGGCCAAGCUCACCAAGUCCACGAAUCCGGGCCCCACCACAGCCUGUUGUUCCACCCGAUUUUCCCCUUGAUACACCACCAAACCUCAGAACAACGUUGCCCGAUGGACCUGUCUCUGCAGGUAGGUCCCGUCCGGGUGUUAACACUUUGAAAGGAAAUACUUCUGAAACCCAAGCGUCGGUUAAUAUGCCAAGGCGAGCUUCGUCUCCUAUUGUCAGUAGAGGAAGAUCAACAGAACCUGUCAGUAAAAGUCGUGGAUUUGCCAAUGGCAAUGGCCAUCAUGCCGAUGUUCAUGAACCUAGAAAAGUCUCACAUGCUCCUGAGGUAGCUGCAAGAAGAUCAGUUAAAGCCUCAACCAACACAACUAACAACUCUGGAUUUGGAAGGAAUAUCUCAAAGAAAUCCUUGGAUAUGGCAAUCAAGCACAUGGACAUAAGGAACGGCUCGGGAAAUCAUCGUGCACUAUCAAGCACCACACUGUUUCCACAAAGUAUUCGAAAUUCCACGCCCAAGAGUCAAUAUAAUCGAGGUUCAAGUGCUCCACCAACAUCUAUCGAAGCGAACGGAAACAUACUAAACAAAAAUAAUGGAUCCCAUUUUGACGUGGUAAACGGAAUCAAUAGAAAUAUGAUAAAAGGAAGAGAGAUAGAUGAAAGACAAUACUCAGCAAAACUGAGUGAAAUUGACGUAUACGAGAGCUCUCGUUACGACGCGCUGUUGCUUAAAGAAGAUUUGAAGAAUACAAACUGGCUUCAUAGUGUGGAUGAUAAAUUUGAUCAAGGCUCCUUAUUAUUUGAUAAUGGAUUCGAGAACCUGCCUGAGCCUUUUGGUCUCUUAUAG